CCCGGCAGGAGAACUAUGAAGUCCGCCAGGUUCUCCUUCUUCUCCGUGAUGGGUCCCUUCUUCAUCCUGUGGGCUCAGCUGCCGUCGGUGCCCGCCCCAUUUUCAGACGUGUGCAGCACCUUCCCAAAGGACUCUGACCGGUGUGGCGACCCCAAACCGCGCUUCUUCUACAACUCCACCUCCAAGGCGUGCGAGCCCUUCACCUACAGAGGCUGCUCGUGGUACCGCAACCGCUUUUACACCAUCGAAGAAUGCCAGCGCUACUGUGGGGUGAUUGAAAAGCCUGGAUCCUGCCUCCCGAGUCCCCGGAACGUCACCCUGGAGUGCUUGGCCGGCUGCCUUCAUGAUGGAAACUGCCCUGGGGAAGAGAAGUGCUGCUCCUAUGGGUGCACCUUGCGCUGCUCUCAGCCCAUCAAAGAUAUUUGCAAGAUGCCUCCAGAUUACGGUGCCUGCCAUGGCAAGUUCCGGAGGUGGCAUUACGACGAGAGUGACCAAAAGUGCAAGAAGUUCACCUACAGCGGCUGCCUCGGCAACGAGAACAACUUCAAGAAGCGCAGGGAGUGCCGGGCCAGGUGCAAGCCAGCAGGGUCCUCCUAAGUCUUCCUCGCUCACCCACUGCCUGGCCCAAGGCCCUCGACCUGGCCAGCCUGCGAUGGCCUCGUGCGAGAACAGACGGGCCCCCCAGCAUGCAUUGCACAGACAAUCCGGGUGUAUGAACCAAUCAAUCAAUGUUUCCGUGAAGUGAUGACAAACGUCUCCGCUGCUGCAAGAAACUUCCUGGUGGUUGACAUGUGCUUCUCCCAAGGGGAUGUGGCAUUGCUCCCAGUGGGGUGCAAAGGACUGUCUGCAUUCUCCAAGAGUUUGCACCCUUCUUCGUAUGCAUGUGCAUGCUCUGCAAAUGCCGGCAUGUGGCAAAUGAAGCCAGGCAGCCAAUGGCACUUGCAGAAACUCUGGUA